CACACACAGGAAGCUGUAUUUUCCUCUUUUGCGCAUCCUUAACCGAAAGAGGAAGUUUUCUGUUGCCAGCUGAGUGUGUUCACAUGCUGCGUCUCCAGAGCUCAGCCUGCACUGUGAGGAGAAGACCUCUGAGCUCCGACUAUGGACGUCUACCAGGAGGCUGUGCAGUAUCUGGAGUCAGAGCAUGUGCCAGUUGAAGCAGAGGCUGAUGUCCUGGAGGAGGAUGUGUUCCAGGAGGAGGCCUGUCUAUCUCCUCUCCCAUCGGAGAGCAUAGACUUCCCAGACACACCCACGUUAUGCAGCCCGGAGGAAAUGCUGGAUAGGAGGCUCGUGGUCCUGAAAGGCAUCAUGGAGAGUGAGGAGGUUUACCUCAGCGAGCUGGAGGCGCUGCUGAUGCCCAUGAAGGCUCUGUGGGCCUCAGCCGGGACAUCCCAGCCGGUUCUGUCCAGUCGACAGGUCCAGACUGUUUUCUACCAGGUGCCUGAGCUCAGAGACAUGCACCAAAGUUUCUACACUGGUUUAAAGGAACGGCUGAGUGCAGAAUGUCAGACUGGGUCCAGCCCAGGUGAGGAGAAAGAGAUGACCCAUAAAGGCUUUGAGCUGAUAGUGGGGGACCUGUUUCUGAAAAUGGUAAACCAGAUCGGUCUGUACGGCGGUUUCAUUGGAAACUACGAAGAAGCUGUUGAAGUUGUUCGCAAGUGCACACAAUCGGACCCUCGCUUCCGAACCCUGGCUCAGAGCAUGAUGUCCAAUAAAAACGGCUCAGACAAAACUCGGACCAAAUACACAUUUGAAGCUCUACUAUACAAGCCUCUGGACAGAGUAACCAAGACCACACUAGUGCUGCGUGACCUCCUGAAGACGACGCCAGUCAAUCACAGAGAUUACACAUCCUUACAGGAAGCUCUGAGAUUAUCUCGCAGCUUCCUGUCUGGUGUCAACGAGAGUUCGCAGUGCAAACGAGAGGUCAUGCUCAGUCACGGCAUGAGGCGACAGCUGAUGCGUGAUGGCUUUGUGGUGGACGCAUGCGAGGGGGAACGCAGCCUGCGUCACCUCUUCCUGUACACAGACCUCCUUCUGUGUACCAGAUUCAAACAUGCAAGCAGAGGGAAGCAGGACCAGUACAGGUUCUGCUGGUACCUGCCCCUCGCUGGGCUUAAACUUCGCUGGGUUGCAGAGCAGGAACGUUCACCAGACACACACCUUCGCUUACACACCAUAAGAACCAAGAUGUACCACCUCCGAGAACAGCUACAGCAACAGAAAACAGGACCCAGGGGAAUAGUUAUGGCAGCUCGGAGGAAGAAACUGGAGCAAAUGGAGCUGAUGCUGCUCACACACUCAACUGUUUACAGACUAGAGAUGCACAGCCCCAGUGGCAAGAGUCACACACUCCUCCUCUCCUCCCUGUAUGAGCUUGAAGAAUGGAGAGAAGCUAUCCUCAAACUCACUGCAGACAACAUAGAGACCGUCCCUCCAGACCUGCUUACUCUCACCAGUGCAUGUGUGAAACUGAGAAUGACCCAGCAGCCGCCGCUACACAGCUCGAACGCCGAGGACGAGAAAUCUUUGUGUGGGACUCUGAGUGUGGCGGUCCACUCUGCCUGCGGCCUGCAGCAACCAGCCUGUGUGUAUGUUUGUGUAGAGGUGGAUGGCUAUGAGUUUUAUGACAAACAAGCCAAGACACACUCAUCGGUGCACAGCCUCAACCCACAUUGGGACCAGGAGCUGUCUUUCCACGUGGACGGGGCACGAGACCUGAAGGUGCUCUGUGUGAGUCAGUCUGAUGGACAGGGUGAUACAGUCCUGGGUAAAGCUUCUGUACAGUUGGACUCUCAAACCCUGAAUGAGCGAUGGAGGAGACAGACUCUACACACUGGCCAGCUGGAGGUGACUCUGUCCCUGAAGUAUUGUCCCCACCCGCUUAAACCACCUACAUCUACGACGCAACCACCACCAGUCUUCCGUGUCCCCAUUGAAAUUGUGGCUCAACAGGAGGGAGUGCUGGUCCCACACGUGGUACGAUGCUGCGUGGAGGAGGUGGAGAGGAGAGGCAUGGACGAGGUGGGCAUCUACAGAGUUUCAGGAACCACCAGUGACAUCGGCGUGCUCAAGACUGCGUUUGACAGCAAUCUGCGUGACGCAGUAACCAGGCUGAGAAGUGCUGAAGUGAACGCCGUGUCUGGAGUUCUCAAACUUUACUUCAGAGAGCUGCCCGAGCCUGUUAUACCCACCGAUCUGUUUCAGAGCCUGGCCAGGACGCUUGACAUCCAGGACAUAAACUCCCGCCUUGUCUCCAUGUUGUCCCUGUUGCACUCCUGUCCUGGCCCCAACCGCCACACCUUCUUGUACCUCCUGCACCACCUGCAGAGAGUUUCAGAGAAGCAGGACACCAACAAGAUGUCUCUGAUGAACCUGGCUACAGUGUUCGGUCCGAGCCUCUUACGCCCCCCUGUGGUUGGACUGGGGCAUGAUGGCCCCACUGUGGAUAUCUCCCAGGAGGUGGUGGUGCAGGUCCAAGUGGUUUUCUGGUACCUGCAGUGUAACAACCUGCCCGAAGCUCAGACCUCUCUGCAACACGACACAGACGCUGAAGAAGAGACCACCCACAUGUGAGACCACCAUCAGUGUCACGGCUGGCAGACAACCCAGAUACCAAAUACAUGUUUAAAUAAUGUGUUUAAAAAAGAUAAAUAAAUCUGUAAAGACUGUAAGACAAAGGUAUUUAUUGAUAUAAAUUGACUUUCUGACUUGA